AUGGAGAAAGCCGAGACACAUCAAUUUCCGGAGGAUUUAAUCUUCAAUGUUCUCGCGUGGCUUCCUGCGAAAUCCCUAAUGCGGUUCAAAACAGUGUGUAAAUCAUGGCAAGCCCUGAUUCUUGAUCCAUAUUUCGUCGAAUCCCAUCAUACCAUAUCUCGACCCCGCAGGCCUGAUUCCUCAUAUCUUGUAUUUCUUAUGGCCACAGCACAACAGGGGGUGGUUUAUCAUUCGGUUAGUUCCUUUAAUGGUAAACCACAAUGGGGUAUCUUUCCGGCAAAACCUGAUGGAGUAUUUUCCAAUCAGCUUCCUUUACACACCUUUAAAGCUGCCAACGACGGAUAUGAUGGAUAUGGGAUGCGUUGCACAAACAUAGUCAAUGGUCUUAUCUGUAUAUGGGUUAGCCCAUUUCAAUUUGAGUUGCUCAAUCUCACAACUAGGGAAAAGGUAGCUCUUCCUAGGUUAGAAACACCCAAUUAUCGCCAUGCUCGUGAUUUUUAUCCGUCAUAUUACCUGGGAUUCGAUCCAAGCAAAAAGCAAUACAAAGUACUCUUCCGAGGUGAAACGGGUCAAUAUUUCAUUAUCACUUUUAGCAACAGUACAUGUAUGUCCUGGAAGAAAGUUGAAAGUAAACCUCAGUGUGGUCUCCUUGCAGUAGCGAAUACGUGUGUUGAUGGUGCAAUUUAUUGGAAUGUGAAAGAUUCUCGGGCUGUGCAAUAUUUUGAGGUCGGGGAGGAGAAGUUUAAGGUACUUCAUAUUCCCGAUCGAGCAGGUGAAGACGAUGAAGUGCACCAAACAGAAAUUGGAGGCAAAUUCACGCUGGCAUUUUUUACUAGAUGUUACAUUGGCAGCGGCACAUUUGGUUCUGAUCAAAUCACACUGUGGAGACUAAUUAACAGAAACGAAGGUGUUUGGGUCAAAUCUUUAGUCGAGCUAGCAAGUUCGUUGAUUGACGGCCAAUACCUUCGGUUCUGUGGCAGCACAAACACAGGUAACAUGUUACUAAGAACAUCAGAGCCUUCCCCAGGGAAUCCACAGCACACUCGUUAUAAGUUGAUCUUUUGUGAUUUGGGAGAGAAGAAAAAGCAUGAAACUGUUCAACUGAUUUUUGAGGACAAUUUCCCUCUUUGGAAACCCAUUUCAGUGGUCAAAUGUGUUUCCAUUACGCAUCAUGUGGAGAACAUUCUUCCUUUGAAUCUCCAAAAGAGAAUGACAAAAGAACCACGUAUUCAGAGAAGUACAUUUUACAAUGGGUUAUCUCGCGUCCUAGGCAGCAAAGUGUUCAAUUGGUUAUCAACAGCUUUGUGA